AGGAAACGUGCACGCGGAACACGGCAUGACGGCCAGUGAAGCGCGUGCACGACGGGGUUUUGGGCGCGUCCCCGCUGUGAGGAAGAGAAGCGCAGAGCAGAAAAUCCUGUGGAGAAAGUUUCCGGAUGGUCAGAAGUUGUGACUGAGUUUCUUCUGAGUGCUCUGACCUGGAGGUUGAGUGUUAGCCAUGUCGCAGCAGGACGUCCCCACAGCCAGCACACUGCACCUGGUGGCCUCAGACAUGACCGACAUCAUAGAGAACCUGGACACACGUGAGCUGGACAUUGGAGAUGGAGAGGACAUGUUUGAUGGUCCAGGAGCUAACAGUGCAGAAACUCGAGUGUUGUUUUCUCUGAUCUACAAGACGAUGGGAUUUAAAGAACAGGACGCUCGAGUCUUCCUCACAUCAGCUCCCAUCACUGCCAGAAUCCUGGAGGUGGAGCGUUUUGCUUGUGCACAGGACCGGUUCAACCUCACCAACCAGAGGAGUGUGUCAAAGAAAGUUCCUGCGGUUUUUAGGAUCGAUAUGAAACACGGGAACUUCAGCUGGAUUGUUAAGAGGAAGGAGAAACACUUCAUGGAGCUGCACAGAGAAUUACGGACCUACAAAGCCUUCCUGAAGAUCCCUCUUCCCUCUCGCACUCACACAGAGCGGAGGCAGACGGUCAGACACACACGUCAGAUGCCCACGUUGCCCCGCGGCGGAGGAGACGAACUCGCCCGAGAGGAGCAAGUGUCCAGCCGGAGGCGUCAGCUCGAGGAUUAUUUAAACAAGCUGCUAAAAAUGCCACUGUACAGAAACUACCACGCCACCUUGCAGUUUAUUGAUGUGAGUCAGCUGUCAUUCAUCCAUGAUUUGGGACCGAAGGGCUUAGAAGGUAUGGUUUAUAAAAGAUCAGGAGGUCGCCGGAUCCCUGGACUGAACUGCUGCGGUCAAAGUAAAGUGUGUUAUCGCUGGUCCAAACGUUGGUUAGUGGUGAAAGACUCUUUCCUGCUCUACAUGAAGCCUGACUCUGGUGCGAUCUCCUUCGUCCUGCUGGUUGAUAAAGAGUUCUGUGUGAAAAUGGACUCCAAAGACACAGAGACCAAACAUGGUGUUCGUGUGGACAGUUUGUGCAGGAACCUGGUUCUAAAGUUCUCGAGUUAUCGCCAAACGCGCUGGUGGGGUCAGGCCAUCGAUGACUUUGUACGUAAAUACGGCAGCGCGUUCCUGCAGGACCAUCGCUUUGGUUCCUUCGCUGACAUUCAGGAGAACAUUCUCUCCAAAUGGUAUGUGAACGGUAAGAACUACAUGGAGGAUGUAGCUACUGCACUGGAGGAAGCUGAGGAGGAGAUCUUCAUCACAGACUGGUGGCUGAGUCCAGAGAUUUUCCUCAAAAGGCCAGUGGUGGAAGGAAACCGCUGGCGUCUGGACUGCAUUCUGAGACGCAAAGCCCAAAAAGGAGUUAGAAUAUUUGUUAUGCUCUAUAAAGAAGUCGAACUUGCUCUCGGGAUCAACAGUGAAUACAGCAAGAGGACGCUGCUGCAGCUUCACCCCAACAUCAAGGUGAUGCGACAUCCUGACCACGUCUCCUCCACCGUUUAUCUCUGGGCUCAUCAUGAGAAGAUUGUGGUGAUCGACCAAUCGGUGGCCUUCGUGGGCGGGAUCGAUCUGGCGUACGGACGCUGGGACGAUCGGGAACACCGACUGACAGACGUGGGGAGCGUGACGAGAACCCUGAACACAUCUGCAGAGAACGUAACUGAAGCGUCUCCGUCUAACGGUCCAGUUCAGAGAAACGGUAAAAACUCCAGCAGGGAUCUGGAAGAUCAGCCCAAACUCAAAGGUUGUGGGAAAACCAGGAAGAGUCGCUUCAGCAUCAAGAAACGGCUGCAGAGACACGGACUCUCGCACGCCGACAGCGUGAGCAGCGGCGAGAGCUCUGAGGAGAACUCGGACUUGGCUCAGGAUCUGCAGGCCGACGUGAUCGGGCUGAUGGGGAACACACGUUUCUGGCACGGUAAAGAUUACUGCAACUUUGUGCACAAGGACUGGAUCCAGCUGGACAAACCGUUCGAUGAUUUCAUCGACAGACACAUCACUCCCAGAAUGCCGUGGCACGACAUCGCCUCUGUGGUUCACGGGAAAGCAGCGAGAGACGUCGCACGCCACUUUAUUCAGCGCUGGAAUUUUACCAAGACUGUCAAGUCGAAGUAUCGCUCUCUCUCGUACCCGUACCUUCUGCCCAAAUCCCACACCACGGCCGGCGAGAUGAAGUAUAAGGUCCCGGGCUGCGUUCACACUAAAGUCCAGGUCUUACGCUCUGCGUCUGAUUGGUCCGCUGGUAUAAAGUACCACGAAGAGUCCAUCCACAACGCCUACGUCCACGUGAUCGAGAACAGCAAACACUACGUCUACAUCGAGAACCAGUUCUUUAUAAGCUGCGCUGAUAACAAACUCGUCUACAAUAGGAUCGGAGACGCCAUUGCACAGAGGAUCAUCAAAGCCUACAGGGAAGGAACGAGGUACAGAGUGUAUGUCAUUACUCCUUUGUUACCUGGAUUUGAGGGAGACAUUAACACUGGAGGAGGAAGUGCCAUCCAGGCCAUCAUGCACUUCAACUACAGAACGAUGACCAGAGGAGAUCACUCCAUCGUGUCCCAGCUGAAGAAAGAGAUGGGGGAUCAGUGGAUGAACUACAUCUCGUUCGGAGGAUUGAGGACUCACGCUGAACUGGAGGGGAAGCUGGUGACGGAGUUGAUCUACGUCCACAGUAAAAUGCUAAUUGCAGACGACAACACGGUGAUCAUUGGUUCGGCGAACAUUAAUGACCGCAGUAUGCUGGGGAAGAGAGACAGUGAAGUGGCUGUUGUUUUCCAGGAUACAGAGACCGAGACAUCUGUCAUGGAUGGACAGGAAUAUCAGGCAGGACGUUUUGGACUCCAACUCCGUCUGGAGUGUUUUAGGACGAUCCUCGGCGCUCACACAGACACCAGCAUCAACAUCUCAGACCCCAUCAGUGACCAUUUCUACAAGGAGGUGUGGCUGACCACUGCAGCUCGCAACGCCUCCAUCUACCAGAAGGUGUUCCGCUGUUUGCCGUCCAGUGACGUGAGGACGAUCCUGGAGCUGGAAGGAUAUCUGUCCAAGCCAAGUCUGGAUAAAGACGAUCCUCUAAAAGCUCAGGAAGAACUUAAGAAGAUCCGAGGAUUCCUCGUCCAGUUCCCUCUUUACUUUUUAAGCGACCAGCACCUUCUCCCACCCAUCGGUUCUAAGGAGGCCAUGGUACCCAUGGAGGUGUGGACCUGAGAGACCUGAGGUUCCUCCUGCAGAAGUUUAUCUCAGGAUCUCAGGGGGCUUGUUGACUGGUGAUCUGAGGUUUCACCCUGUGGAAUGAUUUUCCUUUCUAACACUAAGGCUAUGAGACACACAGAGACAAGCCUUUUAUCUCCUCAGUAUCUUCACACAUUCCACAAAAUACAUGUUGACUUGUUGCUCGUGUCUCUCGGCCUUUUUUCUCUACAGGUUAUUAAAUACAAAGUGCCAAAUGUGAGGAUCUUCGUUCACACAAUGUUGGCUGUAAAUUCA